AAGAUGGCCUUAUUGUCUAUUUCACUCGUUUUAGCUUGUCUGCAUGUCCAGAGUGUGUGGAGUAAUAUUGGUUUCUCAAAGAUAAACUGUACAGCUGGAUCUAAUGCCUUUGUAGGAAGCGUCCAGGAGGAAUACCAAGGAGAUGUAGAGAUUCUCACUAAUAUCAGGCCUGAUGAUCGUCCGGAGCUGGACACAUAUAUUUAUCCCAACGGCGUGACGUUUCUGGAGCUGAUUUACACGGUCGGAGACUCAGCCGCGGUUGUACGGACCAGAAAACCACUGGACGCUGAAGAACUGAAGCAGUCAGGAGGGAAUCUGUAUUAUUCAGUCACCUGCUCAAACACAGAGAAGAGAAAUACCCAGACAUUAGAGGUUCUGGAUGUCAAUGACAACCCUCCGAUCUUCCAGAGUAAAUCAUACAGCGUCACAGUGUCCGAGAACACCGAGGUGGGAUCAGAUGUGCUCAAGGUGACGGCUGAAGAUAAAGAUGCCUCUUCAGAAAACAGCAGAAUUAUGUAUUCUAUACUUCCUCCAGUGCCAGAUGAGUUUGAAGUGAGAGCUGAUGGGAACAUCAGGAAGAAACAACAGCUGGACUACAACCGUGUUCAUCAGUACAUCUUCACUGUGGAAGCUAGAAAUGUAGGAGGAUACAGUGACACUGCAACGGUUACGAUAACUGUUGAAGAUUUCGACAACCUAAACCCUUGUUUUGAUCACAGUCUCUAUAAAGCAUCCAUUGAGGAGAAUCAGACAGGACCUUUGUCAGACGUCACUCCUGAGGCCAUGAAAGCUCAAGAUGGGGACACGGGCAUCAACGAGCCUGUAGUUUACAGCAUAACAGCAGUUCUUCCGAAUGAAUAUCAGAGCAUUUUUGAGAUUGAUGGAGACAGUGGGGUCAUCUCUGUGACAUCAGCACUAGACCGAGAGAAAUCUGACCAUAUUACUGUUUACAUACAGGCAGCUCAGCAGGAUGAUGCUAGUAAGACGGCUAGCGCCAUGGUAUCAGUUACCAUUGAGGAUGUGAAUGACAACCCGCCGAAAUUUGACCAGGACGAGUACACCGUGUCUAUUCUGGAGAAUUCACCAAAAGACCAGCUUGUGCUUCAGAUCAGAGUCACUGAUCCAGACCUGGGUGGGUUCUCUAAAGGUCACUUUGUCUUGGACAGUGAUACCUUCGUUAUCAACAGUCAAGGAGUAAUAUCACUUAUGAGCGAUGCCACCUUGGACACAGAAACUAGAGACAGUUACAACAUUGAGGUAAUAGCUGUAGACCAGCCUGAUGAUGGCUUAAUCUCCACAGCUAGGGUCAUCAUCACUGUUCUGGACGUCAACGACAACCACCCACAAUUCCUUCCUCUCCCAGAACACAUUGAGAUUCAGGAAGGUGUGUACACGUCCUCAUCCCCUGGAGAAGUGUGCAUGAUAUCAGCCACAGACUCUGACUCUGGAGAAAACGGACGUGUGGCCAUCACGGUUUACUCACACAUCGAAGUAUUCAGCUUCAGAGCGGAUGGGACUCUGCUAGCUAUGGAUGAGCUGGAUCGGGAGACACAGAGCGAGCGUGUAUGAUGUGCUCAUUGUUGCCAUGGACAGUGCAAUACCACAGCUAAAUAACAUCACCACAGUGAGAGUCAGUAUCACAGACGUCAAUGACAACGCUCCAGUCUUCAGCUCGGACUGCUACAGCAGAAGUCUUCUGGUUAGAGAUGCCAGGGUUGGAGAAGUGCUGCUGACAGUCUCUGCCACAGAUAAAGACACCGGACACAACGCCGUCAUUAGCUACAGUUUCUCUGAAGACUCUUCCAUGGUCGCGUUGGAUGCUGAAACAGGAGACAUCAUUUUGACCUCUGACCUUAGCGAGGUCACAGAAGAUACUCAGCUAACACUGACUGCUGUAGCGACAGAUCAUGGAGCACCAGUACAGUCUGAGGAAGCUGCGGUCUUGAUCUACUUUCAAAUAUCCUCUGUCAACGAGAGUGUGGCUUUUCAGAGGUCCUCCUACAGCUUCAUAAUCAAGGAGAACGAGCCUGAGUCCUCGACAGUAGGCAGAGUCAAGGCAUUGACAGGGAGUCCACUGGUUACAGUCAGCUAUAACAUGAAGUCACACGAGGAUGUCUUCUCUGUGGAUGCUGAAGGAAGCAUAAAAGCUGUCAGAGCUCUGGACAGGGAGGAAGAGGAGUGGUACAUCCUCACAGUAGAGGCCAUAGACUCCAGAACUCCUCCAAACACAGCAGAGACAACGGUCAGAGUUCAGGUUGAGAACGUGAAUGAGGCUCCUGUGUUUGACGAUGAAAUAUAUAAAGCAGAAAUAUUCAGUAUCGCUCCAUACAAAUUCCCUGUAGUGAAGA